CACAACCGCAGCAAGAGAACCCUAUUUCUCAUGUCACCAGUGCCUGUCACAACAUUGAGGGGCAAAACGACAGCUGUGUGGAUCUGCUGAAGACAUAGAAAGUGAUUGGAAUGGAAGCUCAGAGACGGAGUCCCUGAUUGGCCGGAAGACUGGGCGGGUGCACAUACCAAACAAAUUGAUCCUCUGUCAAAUGAUGCAUGCAGAGGAUAGGAAGAAAAGGAGUUCCAGCAAGGGCGUGGCGGAGGAAUAUUGUCUAAGAGAGAGACCAAACGAGUACGCAGUAAAAAUGAAGAACAAAGUGACCAGCACACAAGCAGUGAGGGGUAAGAAGAAGGCAUGGUCGUGGGAUCAGUACCUGGGAGAGGAGAAGGUCAUAGCAGCUCCCCUUAGACUCUUCACUGAGGGCCAGUCGUUCCCCCCCAGCAGAAGUGGCUUCAAGGCAGGGAUGAGGCUGGAGGGGAUCGACCCUCUGCACCCCUCCAUGUUCUGCGUCCUGUCCGUGGCAGAGGUGAUCGGCUACCGAUUACGGCUCCACAUCGACAGCUACUCCGAAUGCUAUGACUUCUGGGUAAACGCAGACUCUCCGGAUAUCAGGCCAGCCGGAUGGUGCGAGUCGACAGGACACCAGCUCCACCCACCAAAAGGCUACAAUGAAAGCGAGUUUAACUGGGAGAAAUACCAAGAGGCUUGCAACGCUCAAGCUGCACCAAAGAAUCUGUUUAAAUCCCAAAAUGGUACCAUGAGCACCUCUAAGUUUCAGGUGGGCAUGAAACUGGAGGCAGUGGACAGAAAGAACCCAUGCCUGGUGUGUGUGGCCUCGGUGGCCGACAUCGUGGACAAUCGCUUCCUGGUUCACUUUGACAACUGGGAUGACACCUACGACUACUGGUGUGACGCCAGCAGCCCUCACAUCCACCCAGUGGGCUGGUGCCAGGACCAUGGACGACCUCUCACUGCACCUCAGGGACACCCGAAUCCAGAACAUUUCCUGUGGGAGGAGUACUUACAAGACAAUGGUUCCACGGCGGUUCCAAGCCAGGCUUUCUGUAUGAGAGCUCCUCACAGUUUCCAGGUGAACAUGAAGCUGGAGGCGGUGGACAGGAGGAACCCCAUGCUGGUCCGCGUGGCCACCGUCUCAGACACUGAGGACUACAGGGUCAAGAUCCGUUUUGACGGCUGGCAUGAGAAGUUUGACUUCUGGGUGGACUCUGACCUGCCGGACCUUCACCCUGUGGGCUGGUGUGCCCGGACAGGUCACCCCCUGGAACCCCCCCUCUCACACGCAGGACCUUCUGACCUUAAGAGCUCCGUGACCCAGGGAGUGUGCCCCACUCCGGGCUGCAGGGGCGUGGGCCACAUCAAAGGAGCCAAAUACACAGGACACCACAGUGCCUUCGGCUGUCCCUACUCCGACAUCAACAUGAAGAAGGAGGCCGUGCUGCCUGACCGGCUGGGCGGCGAGAAGCAGAUCACCUUUGUCCCUGUGCACUUUGUCCAGAAGACCAAGAGGCUGUGCACCGCCGACGAACAGGAGGAAGCCACGCCCCAGGACGCUCCCAUGGAAACCAGGGCCAUGCUGUCAGGGUACGAGGGGGCUGGUCGUCUGAGAGGCCGACCCCCAGCCAACUCCCUGGUGAAGAGGGAGCACAAGGAGGAACCAGCCGCUGCUCAGGGACAGAAGCUGCUCUCUCUGGGGAAGAGAGGGCUACCCAGCAGGCUCGCCCAGUCAACAAAAUAUCUGCGAGUCAAAGAGGAGGAGGAAGAGAUUGACCUGAAUAGCGUGAUCACAGAGCGCAGCGUGGACAGCCUGCAGCAGGCCCUCCACCAGUCAGUGUUCCUGUCGGCCAUGUCGGCCCACCCUGGCCGGGACCUGCCCCUAUGCUGGGAGCAGCACUGCAAGCUGCUGCCUGGAGUGGCCGGAGUACAGGCCAGCCGUGUGGCCCACUGGACCGCGGACGAGGUGGCUGACUUCAUCCACUCUCUCCCCGGCUGUGAUGAACAAGCUAAGCAGUUCAAAGAGGAGCAAAUUGACGGGAAAGCCUUCUUGCUGCUGACCCAGCGCGACAUCGUCAAGAUCAUGAGCGUGAAACUCGGUCCUGCUCUCAAGAUCUACAACUCCAUCCUGAUGUUCAAGCAUGCUGAGGACAACCAAUCGGCAGCUGGCAACGCCAACACGUGAUGCAUCGGAAGCCACACCCACCAGGCCCACCCUAUGUAUCUGUCAAACACAUAGAUUUAAUGUAUCGAUUCAUUCCAAGACCCCAACCUCCUUACACCUGCUCCUUCACCUUGGCCUACAGGCACUUUAGUUAAAGGACUAUAACUUAAACUAAAGCCGCUACAUGAUCUGUCCAGACCGAUGGACUUUCAGGUUUGUGUGUGUGUGUGUGUGUGAGUGUCUCCUUCCUUGGACACAGCCUCUAAUUCUGCCUUUAAUACUCAAAUGUAGGUGUCAUGAAGGUCAACUCAACAAAACCUGUAUUUACAGCUACACAGCACAUUUUUCUAUGUCUUUUACGCUGUAGCUUCUCUAUGCUCUACUUUUCUCCUUCAGGAUCAAAUAAGUGACAAUCACCACCAACAGUACAAAGCUGUGUACUACAUCAUGACAAACCUGUGCUUUUUCUGGGUCAUCACGGUGCUAUGUGUAUUCCGAAUACAAACAGUCUACAUCACAGUACGGGAGUUGACCUCUGGUACUACCAGCUUACGAUCUCUGUCUACUGACUCAAACAGGGAUACAUAUUCCCAACGUCUCUGCCAUUUUGAUUUGAUUUGAUUCUAUUUUGUAUGAAUGUUAUAUCACUACCUAUAUCAACUCACCUAUAUUUAUUGUGAAAAAUAUCUAGGUGUUUGCAUAGUUGAAGGAAAUUAAUAUAUUAUAUAUGAGCAAAUUGUUUUUGAAAUGCCAAAAGGGGUUUUUGUUUUACAUUUUCAAUUCAGAAUGAAUUUUAUUUGAUGAUAUAUUGCACAUUAGAAGAAUGAAAAAUCAUUUAACUUAAGUUUUGGAAAAUGUAAAACCAUGGGAUAGUUUUGAGCUGAAGAUAAUCUAAAGAAGUAUAAUUUCUGUUAUUGUAAUGUUAUCGUAGUUAAGAUAUUUUAGGUAGUCUUACUUUUUGUGGCAACUGCAACUCGAGACAAUAGUCAUGUACAUUUAUCUUUAUUUACCUUUUGAUCCAUAACAGGACCAAUAUUGUAUUUUUUGUUCUUCAUUUUAAUGUUUGCUCUCCUUUUCUCACAGUCCUGAUAGGUUGAAGUUAUUUUCUUAUUAUCAAAGAACAGCAUACUUGAUCUUCUGCACAAUUAAGAGUUUAAUCUUAUAUUUUGCUAUAACUUGGAACUUAAGCUAUAUGUUGAAACAACUGUGCUAUAUCAUUUGUUCCCUAGUCUUCAUAUAAAUGUUGCUACUAACUUUCAACAGAACUCCAUUGAAACUUCAGGAAUAUGAAGAAACUGUUUACUGUACUUUCUGCUUUUUUUCUAUAGGGACUUUCUCUCUAUCCCAAAAUGUCAAGCAUCCGUAAACGUAUAUUUUAUUCUGAUGCUGCUUGUCUUUGUCAAUGCUGUAACGUUCAAGACUGCUGUUUAGUGCAUGGAAAAUACUGCUACAUCUUGGUACAACCUCCAAUAUGGAGUUAGAUAUCUGCCCUUAACAUAUACCGCAUGUAUUUAGGAGACUCACAAUCUAUUUUGGCGGAUAGCUACCUCCAUAUAUCGACCACUUAUCUAUGAAAAUGACAACUAAUUUAACCAUAAAGAUGUGUUGUACAUAUUUGUAAACCCUGUUUCUUACACUGAAUUUACACUUUGUACCACUUAAUGGAUUCCGAUCACAUGACUUCACAAUCCAAAUAAACAGUGCAAAGUC